UUCCCUGUUAACAGACUCAGACAGCAGUCAGGAGAUAAUUUUCUCUCUUUUCUUCCUCGCCCUGCUCGUCGCACCAUGCGGAGCCGUGCACCUCCUCUGUGAUGCGGAUCGCAUCUGGCGCCUCCGUGGGAACUCUGUCCAGCAGGACUCAUUCUGAGGAGCAGCUCGCGCUCAAUGCGGACAUGGGUGUUCCUCCAGACAUGUAUUUCCACGCAUUUUUGUUCCUGGUUGUGCAGUGUCGCCUGUGAUCGCACCCUGCCCGUCAUGUUUUUCUUUUCCGCGUCACUCUGAUAACUUUGCGACUUCAGACCGAGACCACUUUUUAUGAUUUUUUUUUUUUUUUUUUUCAUUAAUACUAUUUUUUAUUUCUGGAGAAGCUGCGCCUGGAUUUUUGCAGGAAUGGUUCACGGGAGCGCGUCGCGUCUUGCUGCCUUUAGGAAACAACUUCCAGCACAUCCGACUUCAUGACCAUGCUCACCAGUUGCAUGCUUUUGUAAACAAAUAAAGGAAGGAAUAAAAAGAGAGAGCGAAACAGGGAGAGAUCAUGAGCAACGGCGGGAUGGCAUCGAAAGAGAGGCUGUACGAGCUGUGGAUGUUAUACUACACAAAGAAGGAUGCGAGCUACCUGCAGCAGUGGCUGGAAGCGUUCGUGGCGUCCUUUGAAAGGCUCAUUGAUGUGCAGUCGCUGGAGCCUCGGAGGCCGGAUGAAUGCAGCUCGGAGGUGCCCCUGCUCCCCGGGGAGAUCCUGGCGUUCCUCAGCACUCAGUUAUGGAACGGCGUGCACCAUCUUUCCAAUCCCCCCGAGCAAAACAGCAACACCCCCCACCCGUUGCUCCUCAUCAAGUUCUUCAUCAUCGUCUGCAGGAAUAUGGAGAACAUCGACCCGGAGAGGACACCUGGUUUCGUUUUUGAAACUGUCAAGCUUCUGAGAUUCUGUUUAGACCAGUUGAAGAGCGGAGAGGGCGAAACGCUGGCUCUGCAGUCGGUGGUGCAGUAUGGACUCGUGCUGUUCGAGAGCCUGUUUGACCCUUAUCAGACGUGGAGGAGACGCCUGGCAGGGGAGGAGGUGAGUUUGCUGGAGAGGAACAAGUAUAAGUUCUCGCCGCUGGUCAUGCCGGAGGCGCUGCCGGCUCUCUUCCACGAAAGUCUACAAGAAAGUGAGAAGAUCCCGAAGUUGCUCACUCUCAGACUGGUCCAUCUCCAAGGUGCCGUCAUCAGUGGAGGAAAGAGAAACGGCCUUCUGUCCAUCAGCCCUCACUUUGUGGAGGACCUGUUCUCCGUCCUGCGGGCGUGGUGCUGCCAGACCUCCCCUGAACCCAAAGACACCAAGCUCCCGCGGCUGACUUUGCAGUGCCUGACGGCGGCGAUCCACCUCCUGCACGCCAGCAGCCCCGUGGAGAGGCAGGUGGAGAUCAGGACCAUCCUGGAGAGCUACUUCCAGCUCCUCAACUGGAACCGUCCGCUCCUCGAGCAGGAGGACAGGCAGGACUGGGAGGACAGCCUGAUCUCGCUCCAGAGUCAAAUGCUGACUGCUGUUCCUGAGAUCCUGCAGUGUCCCGACAGGCCCGUCCUGCAGGCCGUCUUCCUCAACAACAACUGCUUCGAACACAUCAUCAGGCUCAUACAGAACAGCAAGCUCUUUCAGAGCAACAGGCGUAGGCCGGAGAGUGAAUGUGACCUCACGACACGUUUACUCACUGAGGUCGAACUGGACCAGGUCUGGGAGAAGGAAUCGGACAGUAUUACAGUUCACGCCCUGGGAGUCCUCACAGCUAUAAUGAGUAACUCACCUUCGGCUAAGGAGGUUUUCAAGGAGCGGAUUGGCUACUCCCAGCUGUUUGAUGUGUUGAAAAGUCAAGGUCAACCCACCAAAAGACUUCUGCAGGAGCUGAUGAACAUGGCUGUAGAGGGCGAACAUGCCCACGCUCGUCACCUUGGCAUCAGCAACGACCAGCCGUUGCUGCUGCUCCUGCAGUGGCUCCCUGACCUGUCGGGUCAGCGGGACCUUCAGCUGCUGGUGGCCCAGUGGCUGGCGGCGGUGUGCGGCGGCUCGCUGUCCUGUCGCACCGUGGCCGUGGAGGCGGGCAUGGUGGGGACUUUGCUGCAGGUGCUCUCGGAGCCCCAAAAUCUGGACAGGCAGUGUGCGGACGCCCUGCUGGGCCUCCUCCAGGACUUAGGUUCCUUGUGCCUGAGACCCACGGAGCUGAAGAGCCUCCUGCUGCUCCUCAGGGUGGAUCAGGACGAUGGCGCGGCAGUGGGCAGGGUCCACCCCUACUGCACUCGCAUCAUCCGAAUGUUGUCGGCCAUGGCGGCCAGAGAAGGCCAAGAAUGUGCCUUGCGAUAUUUUGAUCUCACACCCCCCAUGGCAGGAAUUAUGGUUCCCACGAUCCAGCGCUGGCCGGGCAGUGCGUUUGCUUUUCACGCCUGGCUCUGCCUCAACAUGGAGUUCCCCAACCAUCGCAAACCUUCCGUCACCUCAGUCACAGGAACGUCGCACGACUUCGGAAAAGGACCACGCAGGAAGCAGCUGUACAGUUUCUUCACAGCAAGUGGAACCGGGCUGGAGGCCUUCUUCACCAUGGAUGGCGUGCUGGUGGUGGCUGUUUGCACUAAGAAAGAUUACAUGGCUGUGGCGCUGCCGGAACACCCACUGACCGACUCAGGCUGGCAUUCAGUGGCGAUCGUCCACGUUCCGGGCCGGCGUCCAUUUGGUCAAAACGUUGUCACCAUCUACGUUGACGGAGAGCAGCGUAAAACUGCUCAGCUCCGCUUUCCCUCUUUCAGUGAGCCUUUCACCUCCUGCUGCAUCGGCUCCGCCGGCCACCGGACCACCACCACCACCACCUCCCCCAACCUGAACACGCCCGUCUCUCCCAAUCCCGCGCCGGAGUUUUCCUUCCCGCCCCACACGCCCGCUCUCAUCCGCUCCCAGUCAUUCCCAGCCUCCUUUGCGGCGGGCCGCUGGGGGGCCCUGCCGGACUCGACGGUGCACACCAUCCCGGCGGGGCUGCAGGACACGGAGUGGGGGACGCCCACGUCUCUGGACGGGCUGCUGGGCACCGCCUUCAUCUGCCACGAGGCCCUGCAGCCCGCCCAGACGAGAGCUCUGCACGCGGCCGGCCCAAACCACGUGUCUCUAUUCAAAGCAGAGGGAGAGAUAUCUGAUCUCAACAGCAAGCUGCUGCUCUAUUACACUCCACAGGCAUUUAAGAGUCAGAUUUGUUUGGAUCUGGCUCCUAAUCACCUCUACGAUGGCCGACUUACAGGACACAGGGUUGUGAACUGGGACAUCAAGGAGGUUUUGAACGUGGUUGGGGGCAUUGGGGUGUUGCUGCCCCUGCUCGAGCAGGUGUGUGAGGCGGAGCAAGUCUACAAUGGCGGCCAGGAGACCUCAGACUUGCUGGGACCGGAGCUCACCUCGCCCAGAAGCGCUGCUGCCAUGCUGCUGCCGCUCAACAAAUCCGCAGAGAGCAGACUGGAGAGAAACAGCAUCGCUGCCUUCCUGCUGAUGGUGAAAAACCUGAUUCGUCAUCACUCCGUCAAUCAGGAGAGCCUGCUGCAGUGCCACGGGCCGAGCAUCGUGGGAGUCAUGCUCAGCAAAGUUCCCGGCAACAUGAUGGACAUGAAUGUUUUGAUGGCCUGUCAGCUGCUGCUGGAGCAGGUUUUCAAUGAGGGCAACAGUCCACUCCUGCAGCAACUCUACCAGCACCUGCUCUUUAAUUUCCGCAUCUGGACCAAAAGCCAUUUUGCCGUUUGUCUGGCUCAUGUGCAAUACCUGAUGUCUGUGAUAAACAAAAACAAGCAGCGGCUGAAGAGGAGGUACGGGGUUCAGUACAUUCUGGAUACCAUUCGGACAUACUACAGUGUGGAGAAAGACGGCAGCUCUCUGUCUGACGAGAAGCAGACAAUUCGGACGUCUCUCUUCACGCUGCUGAAAGACUUUCUGAAAUCUCCGACGACAGAGGAGCUGCACAGCCUCCUUGGCUACAUUGUGACUGUGCGAGAGGAGCAGCAGGUGGUGAGCGCCCUGGACGUGCUGUAUGAGCUGCUGAGGAGCAGCCCUCCCCGCGAGCAGGUGCAGGCCGUCCUGCUGGAGUGGGGCGUGGAGCAGCUCUACAGUCUGCUGCUCACCACAAGCUUCGGGGAUGAAGCCAGAGAGAGAGUCUUCAGGGUUUUAUACAAAAUCCUCAAGAGCGAGCGAGUGUCUGAGCGCAACAAGCAGCGCAUUAAAUUGAAGGAUUUCGGCUAUCUUGGCCUUGUUUGUUUUCUUGAAGACGUUCCUGUAACCAUGACAACCGUGCGCUGUCUGUACGAGCAGGUCCUCGCUACAGAUGCAAGUCCAAAUUUCCGUGACCUCCUGGCUGUGGUGUGCCUGUCCCAUCGAGCUGACCUCUCUGUCCGAUUGGACGUCUGCCGCAAGCUUUUCCAUCUGAUCCACUCCAAUGAGGACUGCGUGAAGCAGCUCGCCAAGCAGCCCGGCUGGCAGGACGUUCUCACCAAACUCUACGUCAAAGAGUCCUACGCUUCCUACGCCGCCAGCAUCGCCGACUCCGGCUCCCAUGGCUCCCACGGCUCCUCGGACCCGGGCUGCCGGCCCCCGCUGCGCAGAGACGACGCCCUGGUCAUCGAGGACGCGCACGCCGACAUCUUCCUCAGCUACCGCGGCCUGCAGGACGUGGAGGACGAGGACGAGGAGGACGACGGUGGCCAGCGGGACGUUUCAGAGGGAUUCUCCGAUUUGUCCCAGUCGCCGUCCAGCGGAGGUGGAGGAACGCUGAGGAAUUUCACCGGCUCCAUCCAUUUUCGGUCGUUUGACUCGGUGGAUCAGGACAGCCACUCGUCCAUCACCUCCAAUCCGGUCGAUAUCGCUUCGCCUCACCCCGACGAAGAGGGCAGGGACUACCAGCCUCUGUCUCCGUUUGGUACAUCGCCCUUCGAUUUGGACCUGGGCGGCUUCGGCGAGACGGGGUCUCACACCCCGGCAGGCAGUCUGACGAACACGCCGUCUCCUUUGGAGCAAGGCAAGCCGUUCCCGCCGCUCAGGCCCAGGAAGUGCUCCAGCUUGUCCAACGUGCUCGACGAUAUCAGCUACGGGACGGACCCUCCGACCGGAGACACCAUCUCCAAUACGUCCAACCCACAGCAGACCCCUGAGGAGGAGUUGUGCAAUCUGCUAACCAACAUCGUCUUCUCUGUGUUGUGGAGCGGCAGCGGGGCAGAGGGAGCAGAGGAUGUGGUUUGGAGAGAAAGAGGACAAGUGUUUUCUGUUCUCACCAAACUGGGCUCCUCCUGCCAGCUGGUCCGUCCUCCUGACGACAUCAAACGCAGUCUUUUGGAGAUGAUGCUGGAGUCGUCUCUGUCAGACCUGAGAGUUGCCCAGGGAGUGACGCUGCCGUUUUGCCCCAGUUUGGUUCGACUCCUCCGGCUGCUGCAGGACUUCCUGUUUUCUGAGGGUACAGACAACCAGGCAGUGUGGAGUGAAAAGAUCUUCGAAGGGAUGGUGAACCUGCUGGACAGGUUGCAGGCCUGGCAUAGCACCCCCGGCAGCCCGGGGAACACCGAGCUCAAAGAAAUGGCUCAGAUUGGCCUUCGGAUCAUCACAGGAUACAUCCAGCAGCAGCACUCGCAGGUGUGUGUGAUGGCCUACGUGAAGCUCCACAGCCUCCUGCAGACCGUGCUCUGCCUGAGCUGGGAGGAGGUCUGCUUCCUGCUGGGUCGUCUCGGUGCCCCCUUGUGUUCGGACGGCGUACUGGACGAGAGAAACUGCAGGCCGUCCGACACUUUCUCCCAUCUGGUGCCCAUCAUGCGCACGCUGCUGGACCAACACGCCGACCCCGUCACCCUCCAGAGCCUGCUGCCCAACCUGCCCGUCACCAACGGCAGCACCACCUUCGCCCAGGACCUGAAGGAUUUCUCUCACACCGUGGAGUGGAAGGAGUUUUACCAGCUGAAGGUUCAGUCCACCAUGAAGGAUUAUGAGCUGGAGACGUUCGGGAAGAGCCACGACAUCAUGUCCAAUUUCUGGAACUCGUGCUACGAUGACCUGAUGAGCACGGCCUACAAACGGGACAAAGAUCGAGCUGACACCAAGUCCAAGUUUCAGGAGAUGAUUGUAAAUCCGUACCUGAAGCGAGUCAGGAGUGAGAACAACCGGUACCUGAGCUGGCAGAAGCAGAACUCUGCCCAGCAGGGGGUGGUGUUGCAGCACUGGAAAGCGUUUCGCAGACUUCUGACCAGUGAGAGAGGAGCCUGGGCCAGCAGGGUUCAAGUGGAGGUGAAAUGGAAACUCUCCAAUGCAGAGACCUAUUCAAAGAUGCGUCUCAAACUUGUGCCCAACUAUAACUACGACCCCCACAGUGAAGCCAGCGCCCUGAGAGACAACAUGGGAGCUGAAAGCCCCCGCAGCACUGAACAGAUCCCACUGGCUGUCGCUAAGGAGGCGAAAGUCAGCGACAUGGAGGACGACCAGUUAGGAGAGGAGGACCUGGUCCAUGUAGACGACACGGGUGAAGGAGAAGACGAGAGCCAGAAAGAAAAGCUGGUUUUGUCCGAGGACUGCGAGCUCAUCACCAUCGUGGCCGUUGUUCCCGGUCGUCUGGAGGUCACUACACAUCACCUCUACUUCUACGACGGCAGUAGUGACAAGGAGGAGACGGAGGACGGAAUCGGGUUCGACUUUAAGAGACCCCUGUCUCAGCUUCGAGAGGUUCACCUGCGGCGCUACAACCUGCGGCGGUCUGCGCUGGAGCUUUUCUUCAUUGACCAGUCGCACUACUUCAUCAACUUCAAAAAGAAGGUACGAAACAAAGUGUACUCGAGGAUCCUGGGACUCCGGCCUCCGAACCUGUUCUACUUCGGCUCCCGCUCACCCCAAGAGCUGCUGAAGGCGUCUGGACUCACACAGAAAUGGGUCUGCAGGGAAAUCUCCAAUUUCGAGUAUCUGAUGCAGCUGAAUACCAUCUCUGGACGCACGUACAACGACCUGUCGCAGUAUCCUGUGUUCCCCUGGAUUCUGUGUGAUUACACAUCUCCCAUUCUGGAUCUGGAUGACCCGGCUGUCUUCAGAGACUUGUCGAAGCCCAUCGGCGUGGUCAACCCGCGGCACGCUCAGAACGUCAGAGAGAAGUAUGACAGCUUUGAGGACCCAUCAGGCACCAUUGAUAAAUUCCACUAUGGCACACACUACUCUAACGCAGCGGGAGUCAUGCACUACAUGAUCCGCACGGAGCCUUUCACCACCCUGCACAUCCAGCUGCAGAGCGGCAGGUUCGACUGUGCAGACAGACAGUUCCACUCGGUGGCAGCAGCCUGGCAGGCUCGCAUGGAGAGUCCAGCCGACGUCAAGGAGCUCAUCCCGGAGUUCUUCUACUUCCCAGAAUUCCUCCAGAACAUGAACGGCUUUGACCUGGGCCAGCUACAGAUAUCUCAGGACCCGGUGACAGAUGUUGUGCUGCCUCGCUGGGCCACUUCAAGGGAAGACUUUAUCAGGAAACACAGGAAAGCCCUGGAAUCCGAGCAUGUCUCCAGUCACCUCCAUGAGUGGAUCGAUCUGAUCUUUGGCUACAAGCAGAGAGGAGAAGAGGCAGUGGACGCUCUCAAUGUCUUCUACUAUUGCACUUAUGAGGGUGCUGUGGAUCUUGACGCGAUUGCGAAUGAGAACGAGCGUAAAGCCUUGGAAGGCAUCAUCAGCAACUUUGGACAGACACCCUGUCAGCUCCUGAAGGAGCCUCAUCCUCCCCGGAUGUCAGCAGAGAACGCAGCCAGGCGGCAGGCCCGUCUGGACACUCUGCCCCCGAGCAUCUUUGAGCAGCUCGAAAAACUGCGUCCGUUUGUGGAGGUGGUGAGUGACGGGCUUCCUCUGGUCCAGGCUGUGGUGCCGAAGAACAAGAACCGCCCCUUCAUGAUCCAGCACUCCGACACACUGGUGACCGUCAGUUCCAACGGUUUAAUCGGAACGCACAGCUGGCUCCCAUACGACAAGCAGAUCGCCAACUACUUCACGUUCACUAAAGACCCCAACAUGACCAAGACGCAGCGUUUCCUGAGCGGACCCUUCUCCCCCGAAGUGGGGCUCAGCGCCCGGGUGCUGGUGGUCUCCAACGACGGCCGCCUGCUGUUCAGCGGGGGCCACUGGGACUGCAGCCUGCGCGUCACCCAGCUGGGGAAAGGCAAGCUGGUGGGCAGGAUCUGCCGGCACAUCGACGUCGUCACCUGCCUGGCUCUGGAUCUGUGUGGAAUCUACCUCAUCUCUGGCUCCAAGGACACAUCCUGCAUAGUGUGGCAGGUCCUGCAGCAGGGCGGCUUCUCCAGCGGCCUGUCUCCUCGACCCGUGCAGAUCCUCUGUGGACACGACCAGGAGGUGACCUGUGUGGCCAUCAGCACCGAACUGGACAUGGCUGUCUCCGGGUCAAAGGACGGGACGGUGAUCGUUCACACGGUGCGGCGAGGCCAGUUCCUGCGGACGCUGCGGCCCCCCGGCGACAGCUCCGUCCCGGCCCAGAUCUCCGAGCUCCAGGUGGGCAUGGAGGGUCACAUCGUCGUCCAGACGUCUCUGGAGGAAUGCUCCCACAGGAAGGGCAAGUACUCCGUGCAUGUUUACUCGGUGAACGGAUGCCUGCUGUCCUCCGUCACCAUGGAGGAGCAGGUGACUGCGCUCCACCUGGUGUCGGAAUACGUCAUCCUGGGAACCAUGCAGGGCGGCCUCCAUAUUCGGGAUUUAUGCAGCCUGGACGCUCUGAUAAGCCCCCUGGCCUUGAGGGUCCCCGUGAGGAGCGUGUCCGUCACCAAAGAGUCGAGCCACAUCCUGGUGGGACUGGAGGAUGGGAAGUUAAUUGUGGUGGGGGCAGGGAAGCCAGAGGAGGUUCGCUCAGGACAUUUCCCCAGAAGCUUCUUCGGCCUCACACGCCGCAUCUCUCAGGUGUCGGCGGGUGAAACGGAGUACUCGCCCUCUGAGGGCGCCGGCAAGUGACGGGAGCGGUGGUGGAGGAACUCUCAGAGGUGGCUCUGCGCUCAAAACAAAGGCCUCCCUUCCUUUACAAGACACUCCUGGGCCACUGAUCUCUCCGAGAGAGAAUCAAUACACUGAGCACUUUGUUUAUUCUGAAAUGAUUUUAUACGUCUUUUUGUGUGCGUGCGUGCGUGUGUGUGUGUGUGUGUGUGUGUAUUUCGUUUAGAGUUCUUUUAAAUCAGCAUCAUUCCAAAGAGUGGCCUUAUUUUGUGUGGAGAAGAACUCGAUGUUUGAGGUAGUGAAGUGCAGUUGGACUGCGUCAUUUCAGGUGAACGACUCGCUCUGAUGCACAUCUAGACUCAGAAAUGAAGAAGAGUAAUGCUGUGAACUCCCCGGGCUCCAUGUUUUUUGGCUCUUUUUAUGGUCGGAGGCACAGCUGCAAUCCCUGGACUGCCGAAUGUCCCAAAUGCCGUUCUUUGGCAACGGCGUCUUCUUAAUACUCCUGGAAACUUGAAAACCCACAGAAGACAUUGCUCGAGAUUUCCAUGUUGCAAUACUUUCAAAUACCACAAGAGGGUUGGCUCUGUAAAGGAAAACACGGCGGAAUGGCGAGCGGAGAACUCGUGCUGCAUUAUGAAUUUGAGCGGUCGACAGAUGCUUAUCGUUGCACCGUGACACCACAGUGGCUCUCGGCGUCGCAAAACUGUUACGAUUAAAGCAACAGCUGCUUUAAUGAUCAAGUAUGUGAAAUUCAUUCACUUUUUUUUUUUUUUUUUUUUAAGAUCGUUAUCAGAGCCCAGAUGCAAUGAACCUUAAAACCAGAGCCAUCUGUUGCCUUACACACAAUAAAGUAAAGGUGUUUAUAAAUUCUUACUCUGUGCACCACAUGUUUAUAUCCUUCUACAUGGUCUGAAAAGUGCCUUUUUAAUCUUUCUGUUAAUAUCUGUCUCUCUCCCCCCGCCGGCCCGAUCUGAGCAGAUCUGUUCUGUGACUCAGAUGUGAAUAAGAUGUUAAUGGACCCUGUGAACUGCUGGCUGGAUGAACGCACUUGCCUGUACUAGUGCCACAGUGUUUAUGGAGCGUUGAGAACAUCUGAAGACGUGAUGACUCUGGAACACGUGGGCAGAAAGUCUGUGAGGGAGCUUUAAAGGAAUUCACUUCCUGCCAGCAUUUUUUUUUUUUUUUCCUCUGCGGUUUGAACAAAGUGGUUGUUAUGCCGCGUUAUGACGGGAGAAAGACAAAGGGAACCAUUUGGGUGAACACAAUACCCAUAACAUGUUGCACACAUACAAAUUACCUUGUCUCUGUCGGUGAUGCUCUGAAAGAUUUUAAAUGAAUUCAAAGGAGACUAUAUUUAAAACGCUGUUUACUUUCCGUGUCUGCUUUCCACACUGGAAACACAUUACUACAAUGUAUUCAGGCUGUCUGAAAUUGCAAUUCACACAACUGUGAGGUAAGAAAGUAAUAAAAAAAAAAAAAAAUCGUAAUGUGUGCAGCUGAUACGGUCCAUGU